AAGUGUUUCUAAUGGACAAUUGAAUGUUUAUUAGUGUGAUUGACUUUUAAUAAGAGAAAUAUUUUUCUCCAAUAACAAUAACAAUCAACUGUUCCCCAAACGUUACAAUUUGUCAAGAGUAACAACAAUUACAAUUUGUACUUCCUAACAAAAUGAGCUACCAAACAGUAUGUAAUUUGAAUGUAAUAAUGAAUGAAACAGACAGACUUAAUAACCCAAUGAAAAUAGUAAUACAAGACAAUUAAGAUUGUGUGAGUUUAUAUAUAUACUUGAGGGGAGCUUUGCUUGAUUGGCCUUUCUAAUUGUCACCCAAAUGAUCCUCUGAUAAUCCUGAUCAAUUCAAUGUUUCCUUAUAUAUAUAAAUGUAUUCAUUUCCAUCUGAGUUUCAACAGUUAAAAUUCAAACAUCAUUUAGUUAACAUCAAGAGUUGCAUCAGUUUUGUAUUUAAAAUCAUCACAAUGAGAGGUUACAUUAUUGUGCUCCUCACUUUAUCAGUGUUCAUUAUGAUUGUUUCAGCUGAACAUCACCACCACCACGGAUGGCAAAAGCAUGAGCACGAGCACCACCAUGAUCAUUACCAUGAUCACGACGAUAAGAAUGACCACCAAGAGCACCAUGACCAUAAACACAAGCACCAACAUAAACACAAAGCAAAGGAAGAUCAUCAACAUUGGCAUGAAGCUGAUGAGAAACACAAGCACCACGACAAUCAUGAUCACCAUCAUGACAAUGAUCAUAAACAUCAUCACGGCCACAAGCACCAUGGGAAACACAAUCAAAAACAUGAAGAGCACCACAAACAUUCACACACCGAAGAGCAUCAUCACUAUGGAAAGAAUGAUCACUGGGGUAAGCCAGAAACCCAUGGCUGGUCUGGAUCUGAUUUUGAUUUCAGGAAAUAAACUUGUUCCUUUCAACCCAAAUCAUAAUAAUCAUGCAUCGUCAAAAACAAAUUCAUGAGAAAAUCCUGAUUAUACCAUUUGCUAAAUCGACAAACAUAUUAAAUUAAUUAUUAAAAAUGAAA